AAACAGAGUGUGUUCCUUCUUUCAGAUGUUUGUAGGCACAUUAGAGAUGGCAUGGGUAGUUUAAGGGUUUCCUUAUUUGGCACGUUGAUUUUUGGAAAGUGAGAAUGAGAUUGAAGGAAUGAUAUCAGUCGAGAUGGAGAUGAUGGUGAGCGUGUUUGAGAACUGAACUAACCAUAUCAAGCUUUCUUCUCUGAUUCGGUCCUCCCUUCAUGCUGUUCAUUUGUAAUGAAUCCAAAACACACACACCUUAUUAAUGAGGCUGAAACAGACCAGUUUGUGAUGUGAGUGAAUUCAGUCUGAAAAGUUUAAUAGUUGUAAUGGCUUUGUUUGGGUCAGAAACGAGAGCAGAACAGAUGCAGUGGUACUUGAUGGCUGGACAGAAGUCGAACAGCAGAUGGUCAUCACAACACUCCUCUGUGUGUGAGUCUGGUUUCUCCUAAGGUUUGUUUUUCUCCAUUUCUGUCACCGGUGGAGUUCUGGUGCCUUUGCCUUGCUUAUUUCUGGCAACAUUGUUGACACUAUUGGAAAAGAGCUGAAAUGAGCUGGUUGAUGACGUCACUGAAUCAUUGCUGAACUGGCUUUAACUGAUGUUUUUUAUCGUCCUCUUACAUUAUCUAUUAAUAUUAUUAUAUAUCAUUUUUUAUUUAUUUGUACGUUAAUCAAUUUGGUGGUUAAUUACAAUUCUAUCAAACAUACAGUACAUCAUUAAGUCGGUUCCGCCGGUCUCGCGCUUUUCUCGUGCACACGCUCAGGUGCGCGCGCACGCUGCUGCGAGCCAGACGGACGCGGAGCGCGAGACGCGAUUCAAACAUCGAGAAACUCGAUUAAACUUAAUAAAACUGAAACUCAGAAUAAUUUAUUUAAUGUAAAUAUAAAAUACACCACAUAACUAAACCAAAGUACGCCUAAACGUAAGAAACGCAGAUAUUUUCUUUACAUCAACUGCAGAAGAGAGAAACGGACUCUCCACAGGCUGAAGUUGAUGAGUUCUCCCAGUCUGAGUGAUUUGGGUCGAUCAGAGAGAUCAGCGCUGGAUGACAGGAACGACCAGGAGCACCGAGCUGGAGCCAACGCCACCUGGAACAGCAUCCAUAAUGCCGUGAUCGCUGUGUUCCAGCGCAAGGAUCUGGGAGAGAAUGAGCUCUAUGUGCUGAAUGAAGGCGUCAGGCAGCUCCUAAAGACUGAGUUGGGCUCCUUCUUCACAGAGUAUCUGCAGAAUCAGCUGUUGACGAAGGGAAUGGUGAUUUUGAGAGAUAAGAUUCACUUUUAUGAAGGUCAGAAGCUGCUGGACUCUCUGGCAGAAACGUGGGACUACUUCUUCUGUAAUGUUCUGUCCAUGCUGCAGGCCAUCUUCUACCCCGUCCAGGGGAAGGAGCCGUCUGUCCGUCAGCUGGCUCUGCUGCACUUCAGGAACAUCAUCACUCUCAACAUAAAGCUGGACGAUGCUCUGACUCGACCGCGCGCUCGUGUGCCGCCCUCCAUCAUUCAGAUGCUGCUCAUCCUGCAGGGGGUUCACGAGUCUAAAGGUGUGAGCAGUGAUUACCUGAAGCUGGAGUCUCUGGUGCAGAAGGUGGUGUGUCCGUAUCUGGGGACGCGUGGCCUGUUCUGCGGCGAUGGCUCGGUGGCUCAGAGCUCGUGUGUUCUGGAGAAGCGUCUCCUGCGCCGAUGGCCGCGCUCCAGCGACUCGCACGCCAAGAACCUGGUGGUGCGCUCCAAGAGCUACAACAUCCCUGUGCUGACGCCGCUGGAGGAGCACGACCCCGAGAGCAGCGCCGCGGUCAGACGUCACUCCGUGUGUCAGAUGACGUCCUGCGCAGAAGAGCCAGACGUCUGUGAGGAUCCGUCUCCUCCCGUCUGCUCCGAGACCAUCGUGGACCAGAUCCUGGAGUCUCUGGACUCAGACACCGAGGGAAUCUUCAUCGACUUCCGCCGGCAGCGUUCCAGCUCCGACUUCAGCCGGGAGAGCCAGAGCGCAGUGUGACCUUUGACCUGGAGACACGUUCGGCUCGACCGUGAGACUAACACACUUCUCUACUGUACUAGUGCUGCAGUGUGAAGAUCUAACUGAGAACUGACCAGCGCUCUCGUGUUUCUAAGAUGCUUAUCAUCUCAAUACCAACCAAAUCCAUUGAGUUUAAAGGGGGGGGGGGUGAAAUGCUCGUUUUCACUCAAUCUCCUGUUAAUCUUGAGUACCUAUAGAGUAGUACUGCAUCCUUCAUAACUCCAAAAAGUCUUUAGUUUUAUUAUAUUUAAAAGAGAAAGAUAGUCUGUACCGAUCUUUUCCGGAAAAACACAAGCGGCUGGAGGCGUGACGUGUGGGCGGAGCUAAAGAAUCACGAGCGCCAGUAGGCUUUUGCGUUGAGAGCGUUUGGAAGCUGUGACAUUACCGUGAGGAAAAAAAAAAACCAUCAUCCAAAACAAACCAUGGCUAACAGUCAGAUUCAGCGUUUAUUUAUGAUCCAGAAUCAGAUCCAGAGGCUGAAACUGAACGAGAGCAGCAGCAGCAAUGACGUCUCUAUGUGGUAUGUACUGAAACUGUAUAUAUUUGCUUAGCGGUUUUGGAAAAUGACUAAGUUCCACUUUGUAGUCUUUUUUUUUUUUUUUUUUAAGCUGUACAUGUGGAAAGUGCAGUUUGAUGACAACAUCGCAUGUUGUUUACUUGAUGUGUUACGCGCUGAUAGUUAAGUUAACAACACAGAGAUAUUUGAAGCAGUUUUACUCACCGCCUGCGGUUCCAACACACGAUCGUGACCCUUUUUCGUUGGGACUGCAUUAUCCUUAAGAAAUAAACGAUACGCAAAUCCGUCGUCAAACUGGGCCUUGUUUGUAAAACAAGCAUCUUCGAAAUGCAGGGAACAAACACAAACACUUGCACAACUCCGUUGAUGCUCUGUAAAAAUAAACUCCAUCCACUGGUCCCUUAAUGCUGUUUCUCUUUUGGUAAUCUGUGCAGGGUUGUCUUGCCCUGGCAACCAAAAACACACUCCUGUGACAUUUCUCGACGCUCUCGCUCUGAUCAGUGAAGUCUGUUGUGCUCUCAGUGCUCUGCUAUACGGGAGCGCGCUCUUCCGGCAGAAGUGCCUUAGGACCCAUAUAAGGAAAUUCCGCACCAUCUAACGUCACACAGAGCCAUACUCGAAAAAAACUUUCCCAAACUUGUGACAAACCGGAAAGAGUAUUUUUGGAACAGAAAUACUCCUUCAAACGUACAACUUAAUUUUUGAAACUUUGUCCAUGUUUAGCAUGGGAAUCCAACUCUUUAACAGUGUAAAAAACUCAGUAUGAAUGAAAUAGCAUUUCACCCCCCCCCCCCCUUUAAUUAUUUAAAAAGUUUAAUAUCAAUGUAAUUGCAUAAUUAUAAAUAAUAAUUAAUUCAAUAGGGUUAAAGUAUUUUUCCAUAAAACAUUUCCUCAGAAGAUAGUAACAGAAUGAAAAAUAGAGAAGUGCGUGACGAGCAAUAAUGAGCACGAGAGCGAAGCUUCAGACGAGAGCAGUGAUUCCUCCUCUCACUAAAUGACUGUUUGAUUAUUAAUAACACAUCAUACAGUAAGAUCUAAUAAUGCACGGAUGUAUAGUUCACCAGUGAGAGAGAGAUUAGCAUCAGUCGUGCUGUUAGGAUGAAGCUAGCGCUAGUUCUUCAUUCUGAACACUGCAGUGCUGCUCUUCAUCUUGUGUUGUGUUUUUAAUUAAAGAGUUUCAUAUUUGACUUGUUUAGAAAUAGUGAAAUGUAAAGUAAAAUGACUAAUUUUAAAGAGUUGCAGUGUUUAAGUAAGUGAUUAUUUUCGUAAGUUUGUAAAUAUGUAAAGUUUUCACACUCAUGUUUUGAAUAAUGACCUUGCCUUCACAGAUUACUAUUUUUAUUGCAAUUGUAAUUGAGUGAACUAAUAUUUUACUGCUGAUUAAAAAACUUCUACACUUUCA